UACAAAUUAAAGGAAAAUAGACGAUACUAGAGUCAUAUUUUACUGAAUGUUUAUAUAUUACCAUAUAAGAGAUUGAGAGAAAAGAUCACCUAAAGGAGUUUGAGAAUGAGAUUAACGUCUUGGGAAUAAUCCGGCAUUCGAAUCUCCUUGCACUUAAAGCUUAUUACUUAGGCCCUAAAGGAGAGAAGCUUGUCGUCUUCGAUUACAUGUCUAGAGGAAGUCUUGCCACAUUCCUUCAUGGUAAGUUUGAUACUAAAGCCUCAAAGUUUGAUACUUUUGCUAAAACAAGUAAUAUUUUGUAACUCUGUUUUCAUAUUUGAAAUUGCAGCAAGAGGACCAGAUGUUCAUAUCAAUUGGCCUACAAGGAUGAGCUUAAUAAAGGGAAUGGCUCGUGGCUUGUUCUACCUUCACACACACGCAAAUAUCAUCCACGGAAACUUAACAUCAAGCAAUGUACUUUUGGAUGAGAACAUCAACGCGAAGAUCUCAGAUUACCGUCUUUCAAGGCUAAUGACAGCAGCAGCAGGAUCAAGCGUGAUUGCAACAGCUGGUGCGUUAGGUUACACAGCACCUGAGCUCUCUAAGCUGAAGAAAGCCAAUACGAAAACCGAUGUGUACAGCCUCGGUGUGAUCAUAUUGGAGCUUUUGACUGGUAAAUCUCCGAGUGAGGCCUUAAACGGUGUGGAUUUGCCUCAAUGGGUUGCUACUGCAGUUAAAGAAGAGUGGACUAAUGAGGUUUUCGAUUUGGAGCUGUUGAAUGAUGUGAACACAAUGGUUGAUGAGAUUUUGAAUACACUGAAACUGGCGUUGCAUUGUGUUGAUCCUACACCAUCAACAAGACCUGAAGCUCAACAAGUGAUGACACAACUUGGAGAGAUUAGACCUAAAGAGACAGCAACAACGUCUGAACCAUUGAUUGAUGUUCCUGAAGCUUCUGCUUCCACAAGUCAAUAGAAAGAGUGGAGAGUUUUGGUAGUGUGGAAAUGUUGCAGAGUAGUAGUAGAUUUUUUGCAAUUCUU